AUGAUUUGCUGGAUAUAUAUAUGGGUGAUGGCUCAAGGUAAACACAGCAAACCACAAAGCCGUGAAACGGUUGAUAAAAUACCAAAAUCAUGUUUGCCAAGAAAUGAUGAAAUUUACAAAGAGAAGUUUAAAACGCUUAAAUUUACAUACUUACUGAAAGUUAUCCUGCUCAUUUUGCAGAAUGUCAUAAUUCUUAACAAGACUGGUGAAAUCGAAUUGAUGCUUUUUACACAUGAAAGAUGGAAUGUUCCAAUAAACUUCAAAUCCACUAGAAAUUUAGAAUUAUAUGCUCGUUAUUCAUAUCAAUGUCAUAGGAGAGAAAUAAAAAAUAGAAAUGUUGAAAUGUGA